AUGUCUGCAAGUUCUGAACGUGGGAACAAUUUGGAAAAUAAAUCUCAUCUUUCCAUGCAUAAAGAAAUUCAAAAAGAUGGAAGACGAUUUAACUGUUCAGAAUGUGAGAAAUCCUUAAGUACAAAAGCAAAUCUUGUUGAACAUCUGAAAAUUCACACAGGAGAGAAGCCAUUUUCAUGUACAGAAUGUGGCAAAUGUUUCAUUCAGAAAUCAAUGCUUAAUCAACAUCAGCGAAUUCAUACAGGAGAGAAGCCAUAUUCAUGUACAGAAUGUGGGAAAUGUUUUACUCAGAAAUCAAAUCUUGUGGAGCAUAUAAGAAUUCACACAGGAGAGAAGCCAUAUUCAUGUACAGAAUGUGGAAAAUGUUUUACCCAGAAACCAAGUCUUGUGGAACAUCUAAGAAGUCACACAGGAGAGAAGCCAUUUUCAUGUUCGGAAUGUGGUAAAUGCUAUAGAAGUAAAUCAGGUCUUGUUAAACAUCAGAGAACUCACACAGGAGAUAAGCCAUAUUCAUGUACAGAAUGUGAGAAAUGUUUCAUAGAAAAAUCAAUGCUAAAUCAACAUCUGAGAAUUCACACAGGAGAGAAGCCAUUUUCAUGCCCAGAAUGUGGGAAAUGUUUUUCUCACAAGCCAAGUCUUGUGGAACAUUUGAGAAGUCACACAGGAGAGAAGCCAUUUUCAUGUUCAGAAUGUGGGAAAAGCUCUAAAAGUAAAUCAGGUCUUGUUAAUCAUCAGAGGACUCACACAGGAGAUAAGCCAUAUUCAUGUACAGAAUGUGGGAAAUGUUUCAUUCAGAAAUCAAUACUUAAUCAACAUAUGAGAAUUCACACAGGAGAAAAGCCAUUUUCAUGUCCUGAAUGUGAGAACACUUUCAGUAAGAAAUCAUACAUUGUUAAACAUCUGAAAACUCACUCAGGGGAGAAGAGAAAUUCAUGUACAGAAUGA